UUUGCAGAAAUCAGGAUUGUAUGUCUUGACAGACUUGAUUACAGAGACGCGACCUUGUGAAGUGGACCGGUUUAGAGGUAUGUCAUGGUCUUCCAUACCAUUAAGAAGAGGACGUCCAGUGUCACGUUUUUCAAGUAUCCAUGUUUUAUGGCCAGAUAGCAGAGACAUAGUAAGAAUGAAGCAAGUAAGAGUUGAUGUCCAUUUGGAAAAAGCAAGGGUGUACUUCCCAGAAACAUGGCUCUGGGACAUCAGUAUUUUACCCUCCUCUGGCGUGCUCAGUGAGCAGUACACCCUCCCUGAUACUAUAACUGAGUGGGUUGGCAAAGCCGUGUGUGUAAAUUCGGAAAAGGGUCUCGGCAUAUCACCCAGGGCAACAAUAACCACUUUCACACCUUUCUUUGUGGAUCUGACUCUUCCUCCAACAAUCAAGAGAGGGGAAAUUCUACCAGUCAAGAUCUCAGUCUUUAAUUAUCUUGAACAAGCUUUACCGGUCAAAGUUGUAUUGGAAGAAAGCCCUGAUUAUGACAUUAUUGAGGAACCUGAAAGCCAGUUGCCACUUGGUCAAAAAGUAGCUUGUAUCCCGCCACAAGACAAGGUUGUUCACGUAGUGAAAAUUCGCUCUCGGGUCUUGGGAGAUGUAAACAUCACCAUUGAUGCAUUUGUGGAUGAGCUGUAUCCUGAAGUAUGUGGACCAGAAUAUGUGAUCAGUAAAAGAUUGAUGCAGAUGACUUGGACAUGAGCCGUGGUUGGCUGAAAUUGCAUCAGAUGGAGAAUGGAUGUUUCCAAUCUGUGGGGAAAGUCUUCCACAAAGGCAUGAAGGGUGGUAUUGAUGGAAGUGGUUCUCCAGUGCCAUUAACUGCAUAUGUGCUGAUUUCCCUCCUUGAAGCGGGUGAGGUGACAAGCAGUCGUGCAGUCAUGGAAGCAGCCUUCUGUUUAGAUGCUGAUACAUCCAAAGAUCCCUACACUUUAGCUUUGAAAGCCUAUUCGCUUUCUCUCUCUGAUUCCCCAAAGGCAGAACAAGCAGUGCAGAACCUUAUUAAUGUAGCAGAAGAGACAACCAACUCAAUGCAUUGGGAGCUUCCAGCUGGUUCAGGAAAGAGUCAAGCUGUUGCUGUAGAGACAGCUGGUUAUGCAGUUCUUUCAAUGAUGACCUUAGAUGCAACCAAAUAUGAGCUUCAAGCCAGAAAAAUAGUAAAAUGGAUAUCUUCACAGAGAAACGGUCAAGGAGGAUUCAUAUCAACUCAGGAUACUGUCGUUGCUCUCCAAGCUCUGGCGAGUUUUGAGGCUCACCAAAAGAAAGAGGUUGUCAACCUGAUCGUCACUGUGGAAGGCGAAGCACUUGAGCAUGCAUUCUUUGUAGACGAAUCCAAUAAACUUCUUCAACAGCAAGUGAAUCUGCCGUCACUACCUUCCAAUGUUAUUCUGGACAUGGAGGGAGAAGGAUGUGCCCUUGUUCAGACUGUCCUGAGAUAUAAUGUUCCAGAUGCUACAGCAAGUGAUGCCUUUUCCUUAUCAAUCACCACUGAAACAAGCCCAGAUAAGAAAUGCAUUACAAAGAAGAUUAAGGCUUGUGCUUCCUACUUAUUACCUGAUAAGAAAUCCAACAUGGCUGUUAUGGAAUUUAACUUAAUUUCUGGAUACAUACCACAUAAAGCAGAUCUUAAACAAAUUGUUGGUUAUGGAACUGGCUUAAUCAAACGCUAUGAGGUUGAUGGCAGCAAAGUUAUGUUCUACAUUGAUGAAUUUUCACCUGAAGACCUUUGUGUGGAGUUCCGAAUAAUUCGGGAAAUUGAUGUUGAAGAUGCCAAGCCUGGGUCUAUUAAGGUGUAUGACUAUUAUCAGCCCGAGUUCUCCAUUAGUAAGAGUUAUGUUCUACCACCACCAGAUGAAUGCAGAAUCACUUUGGUUCCCAUUGAAGCCAUUGCCAUUGAAGGAGAUAUCAUUGUAGAGCCAGAAAAUGGAACGACCACUCCUUCAUCAGCUAUUGGAGAUUUUGUUGCAUUAUUAGAUGAAAUGCCUUGAAGAUAAAAGAAAGUGAAAUAAGUAUUGUGUUUCAACAUAAGAGAGGAUAUCUAAUAGUAGCAUGCUUAUUAUAGAUCACAUUAAAUUGUUGCAAUAG